CAGAAAGACGGACAGCAAAGGCCUGCGCUGGAAGCAGACGCUGAAUUCUCCUGGCCUGCCGCGAGGAGACCCGCGUCCUGCCCCCACCCCAGGGCGUUGGGCAGAGACCCCGGAAGCCUCGGUCCCUCUGGCUUGGUCCAAUCCCGCCUCAGGAAGCGCCUUCGUUACCUGCUCCUCGGCUUCCCACGGCCACAGAUGCAGGGCAGCCGCCUCCGCCCGGGGAGGGAAGCCCCGGCCACCGCAGCCGCCGCUGCCCGCCCUCCUUCCCUCCCUCCCUCUUCCUCGCCCUCCCUCCCUCUCUCCCUCCCUCGCGCGCUGCCGCUCGCGGGGCCCUCCCGCGGGCAACCUGUUCUGGACCAAAUCCAGGUAUCUCCGAAAGAGAGAAAAAAAGAAAGGCCCUCUCAUGUGGAAAAGAAAGAAAGAAAGACCCUUAACUGCAUUUAUUUUCCAUGCUCUGACCAUUGGUCGGCCUCAGUUCGGACAUCCUGGACCCAGCCCUGCAGCGGCGGAGGUGUGCCGGGCCUGCUGCCUCGCCCACGCUGGCCGCCGCGCCCCGCGCACUGCACGCUCCACACUCUGGGCCGCCGCACCCCGGCAGCCCCAACACCAAACAGACCUCAAGGUCCUUCCUACAGACUCAACAUCUGGUGGCCCGCCUCGCCGCGGGCCUCUGCCCGGGAGCCCGCUCUGCUCCAUCUGCGGCCAAAGUCCACACACAAGCCACCUUGUCCGUGCUCUCGCGCCCGGCCUGCCGGACACCCCUCCAGACCAAGGCGCCCGCUGGCCACUCUUGGGCCGAGGCCCUGCCCGGGCUGCAAACCUCCUCCCCUGCACGGGCACCCACACAAAGCCCGGUGUCCUCACGCUCCCACCCGCAGCCCCCUGUCCCCAGCCCCUGCUGCCCUUCACCUGUUCCCGGGAAGGGAUGCAUCUCCGAGCGCGCUGAGGCAAGGCGAUGGGCCCGGGCGGUGGGUGCUGGGGAGUCCCAGGGAGGCCACAGAGGAUCGGCAGGCUAAGCCCGAGCCCCGGCAGCUGGAGAGAGAUCUCAGAGACCAAGGCUCUCCUUGGCGAGCUCUUGCCUUUUCCUCCGUCUCCCGCAAGUCUUAAACACUCACACGCCGAGAGUUCAGCUCUAUAAAUCCUGCUCCUCUUUCCCAUAUCAUAAUUAAAAAAAACCAGUAGGGGAGGUUUUAACUUUUAUUGCGAUUUCUGGAGUUGGGCUGCGGAGCAUAUAUUAAGUUUACGCUUAUGCGCUCUCGGCGGGGAGGGUCCUUUAAGAAAUAAAAAUCCAUCUUAAUAUC